CAGCAGGGAAGUUAGAGGAUUUCUAUAUUAGUGGCGAUCCAGACGGUACUUGGCCUAAUUAAAAGCGAAUUCGUAGACUUGCUUUGUUUACAUAAAGGUUGAGGAUUCUCGUCGCAAACAUUAUUCUCGACAGGAUGUUUUAAAGCUCAAAUCGUCAUUAUCGUUUUAAAAGAGUGACUUCGUACUUAGCGAGAUUCUGCCUUUGCGAAUGGUUCAAGGGAGCUGGUCUCAUCUGAUGUGAAGCAAAAUUAACAUACUUCGAACAACAGUCGCUCGAGAACAAUGCAGAUAGGUUGUGAGUGGCCGAUAGUGGAAUUAUAAUAGAUAGCGUUCUGUUGUUGAAUAAUAAAUAGCCGGAGCUCUCCUGAAAAGUGGCAGGUGUUCGAGUUGUAAUGGGAAACGUUGGUACUACAUGUCAACAGUGACGAAAGAGAUAAAAAGCAAUUUUGGCUCAAUCGAAAAUUGUUGGCGUGUUGUAACAUUUUGAGAUGUUAUCUGUUGUUUUGUAAGUUGGAAGUGAUUUUUUUCCCUCUUCGCAUUGGAUCAAUGUUUUGUUGUAAGUGCUGAGUCGCCGAAGUUGCCUGUUCUUACGUUUGCCGUCGUAACAAUCGCGGGCGAGCACGCUGGGAAGAAUCCAGUUCCAAUGUUUGCUGAGUGAAUAAUGCGUUUUAAAAGUGCAAUGCACUCGACGGCGAGCAAAUGACUACGAAAUUUUGUGCGUGUCAGUCACCAUCGCAUCGACGAAAAAUUGCUGACGAUACAUUUUCCUUUGACGAGGACAAAGAUGCCGAAGAACUUCAACCAUUACCCAAUGGGUUCUCUCACGAACAUGAAAACGAGAACGAGAAUGACAGUGUACCAUGUUUAUCCAGUAACGAGGCUGAGACUACGCCUCAGGGUGACCGUCGACGAAGAAUAAAACACGUUUGGGAUUAUUAUCUGCUGCAUAAUACUUUACAUGGCUUGCACUACGUUUUCGACACGAAGUCAAUUUGGCGCAAAGUUAUCUGGAUUGCGAUACUGUUAAGCGCCGGUGGAGCAUUUAUCAACGAGGUCAAAACUAGUAUAACUCAGUAUUUCGAGUAUCCGUUCAGUACACUCGCCACUGUUGACUACCCUAAUAAGAUUGUACUUCCAGCAAUUUCGAUUUGCGAUCUGAGAGACAUCAGAAAAACUAUACUAACGAGUGCAAAGUUUCGGAGGGGGAGAAGUGCGCAAGGAAAUUCAACCGAGCAUAAUCCGGAACGUGUAUUGGGGGAUGUUCUGGAAGAAGCUUUCUCGAUCUUAGACGACAUUUUAAUUUCUUGCGUUUUGAAGCGAGGGGUGAACGAGAGUAGAGAAGUCCCUUGUGAUCGCGAAGACUUUACCUUGUUUCUGUCUUCGGAUGGGCACACAUGUUACACGCUAAAUUACGGGGGUGAGAACAGGACGCUUUUGGAAACGGAUAAUGUCGGGCUGAAGUACGGUUUACAUCUGGUGUUGAACACGAAGCCUCUGGAGGAGGGGAAAACUUAUGGCGGCAGCGGGGUCAAAGUUAUUCUUCACCAGCAAGGAGAACUUCCCCUGAAGCGGGUAGGAUUUCAUGUUCCUCCUGGUUACGUGACGUUUGUGGAUAUGAAAAAAGAAAAGGUAUUUUUAUUUAGUCUUCUUCUGUCAUGUUAAAUUUCUAUUAUUUUGUUUUGGGCUUUGUGUAAACCCCCGCAGCUUGCGUUCGAAUUGUCGCGAAUUUUGUAGUUUCUACAAGAGGCAGGAAUUUAUAUAAUUGUUUCUCCCAUGUUAUCGUUCAUUGUGUAAGAGGCUCCUUCGUAACGAGCGCCCGGGCGUUUUCAGCUGUACGCUGUGGAGACUUAGUGGAGUUAUAGCUUAUAGUUAUUCUUUUCCUAUGGAGCGAAGUGAUUGUGCAUCGUUAUUACUUUUUAGAUGAAUACAUUAAAGUUGUCGGUUAUUUUUUAUUUACCUCUCAAAGAUGGUAGAUAUAUAUUUUUUCUUCAAUUCUCUUUUUCUCCUUGCGGGUUUCUUUAUCAAACAAUUGACUGACUUAUUCAUGUCACAGCAAACGAAACUUUGAACUUAAUCCGAGAAUUUGCGCGCUUGAUAGUUCUAGGGAAACGUGUCCUCGGUUGAAACUCGCUCUGUUCAACAACACUCUUUGUUAAUGUAUUGCGUGGGACGUUGUUUAAGGUUUUUAUUACUUUUCUCCGAUAUGUUGUGGUUCGUAAUGGAAUGACUUCCUAUUUCAGUUAGUGACCACUUCUCGCACACGUUAGAAAAAUUGUCGGAUUUAGUCCUUAUCUCAACUAAAGAAGCACGAGCUUAAAAUAACACGCUGAGUGUUUUGGAGACGAGAACAAGGGCAAUUAUUUGGGUUUCUUAGCGCAUCGGUUGGUCCACCGAAACAAAUUAAACCAUCAAAUUCGAAUGAAUGGUAAAUGUAUUGUUAAAAGGCCCAGUUUGGGUUUUUGGGUUUUUAUUUUUGGUCAAAUUGUAAAAUUGACUGCAAUUUGAUGUCAGACUUGAAUUUCUAGGCGGACUGAAAGUUUUGCUUUUGGUUCUGGAAAAAAAAGGAAACGUUUCGUGUUUCUAUGUCGCAAUUUGCCUUAUCGCAGCUAGUUUUUAUUUAUAUCCAAACGUGCAUCCUCAAUUUGCAAUUUCACGAUCUGCUUUGAAUGACGCAUUUUACAAACAUUGCUUAACCGCAUACAUUAAUAUUUUACGAGGUAAGUCGAAAUCUGUGGCGACAUUUUUCCGUAUGCAAAAUCCUAUAACCGACUUACUACAAUUUCAGUGAAAAUCUUUAUCAGCAAUUUAAACUAAGUGCACCAUUUUUGGAGACCAUCAAAUUAAGACAUAAUUGGACCGAAAACGAAAUUUGUUUUAUCCAUUAUAAUUCAGUAUUUCAAAUUCCAUGUUCUGCGUUUUCUCUUCAUCGUAAAAUCAACUAAAGCUUUCUUUACACCGUGGUACAUCAUCGAAAGUGGUAAUAAUCGCAUUGUUUUUUUAUGAUAUUUACUUGCCCGGAAAUGGUGCAGUUUGGUUGCGGUCUUUUGAUGAUUUUUGAACAUGAAGGCUUUUUUCUAUUUUAAAAUUAGUACAGCUUUGUGAUAGUUUUUCUCAAUCUGAGUAACAUCAAACUGCAAUAACCAAACGAAUGAGAUUUUAAUCCACAAUUGCGAACAAGUUGAGGUACAUUGACAAUGUUUUUCCUUUUUUCUAAAGUGCUAACUUUUCGAUUAAUUUUUUCCAUCGUAACUGUUUUUAUUUUGGUCUGUAAGUGCUUCUCUGUAUGACUUCUAUUAAAUUGUUUCUCCGUAUCGCAGAAAUCUGGAAAGUCCCUGCUGAUGAGUACUGAAUUAUUUUAAUGCAUUUUGUCUCAUACUUGUUUAUUGAUGUGAUUCAUUUACGCGGAUAGAGAUUAGAAAUGUUCUCCGACGUUUUAAUUUGCGAUACUAGCUUUUCGCUUUAUCCUUUAAGCCAAUCUUCAUAGAGUAAUUUUUUUUCGGGAAAUAAAAAUUCCAAAAGUGAUGAGGGACCUUUAUUUGCAUAAAACCGUUCGCUUUUUACCUCAUUUCAAAAUAUUUCGCUUAGCAGGUGAAACCAUCAACGAAACGAAACUUUUCAGUUAUUCUUUUCAACACGGAAAACGGGAAAAGGUCUUUAAAAAACUGUGUUCAACUUGCUCUUAUCUUAGGGAAUGUAAAUGGAGUCCUAUUUCUCUCAGGGUGCUUAAUGAAGAUGUUUAUUUUUGUAAGAUGUAAGAGCGAUAAAACCACCAAACCUUGUAAUCAAAUUGUUUUGUAGCACCUUGGCGUGUUUUCGAAAUACCUGUUGUUCUUCCUUUUUUUUUUUCUUUUUCUUUUUUUUUCUCUCACCUCCAUCGCUGUGGCGGACAUUUAAGAGACGCAUGUUUAGUGGAAAGAAAGCAAUUUUUUUCAUUCCAAGAAAAUCUAUACUCGCCGUGCAGUUCAAAGGCGUUAUUGAUUACAAGCUAAUGACGAAAUAAUUCAAAUGGAAAUUCGCUACUAAGGUCUCUGCUCUACGAACGUUUUUGAGCGAAAUAGAUUAUCGAUCACGCUUUUGCAGUUAAGUGCCAUCCAUACGUCUUCUGCUAGAUACUUUCCAAGUACCAUGCAAACGUUAGUGCGAUGCGUUUUUUUUUACAAUGCAGCUCAGUGUCAUUCCUCUUUGUUGCCCGAUGAGUUGUUGCGCCCUUAGCAAUUACGCAUACUCCUCUGCAUUCCAUGACCUUCCUUUGGCUCUAAAUCAUUCUCAAGAAAGAUUUGACUAGCUACACAACCAAACGAUCAGGCAAGCUGUACAAAAUGCACUUUGUUUUCUUAAUCUAUUGCCAUUUCUUCGUCUCUUUUUAGCUCACAAAUCUUCGUAAUCCUUUUAGCACAAAUUGUGGUGGAAAAACGUUGGAUUAUUUCCCCGCUUAUUCCAGAAAUAAAUGUUUUCUAGAAGGACUAACUAAACAUGUCUCUCACGAGUGUGACUGCAGAGGUUGGUUUAUGCCAGGUCAGUGAGUAAAUAAAGUACCGGUUGCAUAAGUUAUAUCAUAGCUACGAUGAUUCUUACUUUCCACCUAAAACCUAUUCAACUCAAUACAUAUGUAUUUAGCACCAUGUUUCAUGAUGGGUAAAAGUGAGCCCGCUUGGCCAGAAAGAAAAGAUGCGUCUAGAGGUCCAUCCAGAAGGAACACAACAAAAAUACUAAACUUAGCAAAUUAAAAUUACCUGUAAACAAUUGAGAUUUGAAGGGCUAGUAACGCCUUUAUAUAGUAAAUUAUUUCGAUGAAUUGUGGGAGAUCGCCCUCUCUCUCUCCUAAUGUCUGGCACGGUAACAUGAUACAGCUUGAAUGUCUUUGUGGGAAUAAUAAUUCGUAACUUGACUGGAGCUCUUCCUUGGAAAUUCCAAACCUUUUUCUCUUAUUUAUUUGUAGAAACGAAGGAUAAUUUUACACUGUGUUCGUUGAACAAGACCAUCAAUUGUAUGUGGCCAGCUUGGGGUGAGCAAUCUUGUCCUUUGAAGAUAGAUAGUAAGAGAUCUUUAAGUUAAGUCCCUCAUCACCAGAAAGGUCCAACUAGAUAUUUUCUCGUGAUCUUAAGACAGACCCAACACGAUACCGCCACGAUAAAUCCGUGAAACAAAGCGUCGCUAGACAAAACAAGAUUAAAAAAAUCAAUCACCAACCAGAAUAAGAGGUAAAUGUCACAAACAAACCAAUAGGAACCUAAAGGGAAGACUUACGAACGUUGUCAAGCGCUAUUAAACGCCAUUAAUUAAGUUGCGAUUGACAUGAGUUGUAUUUGCGAUUGGUUGAGGUUAUAAGAAUAUUUUGGACCAAUCACAGACUGUAAAAACCAAAGCUAUCCCAGAUAAUUUGCAACGCUAAAAUAAAAGAAUUGCUCCAAACCACAACUAAAUUUGUUUGUUCCUAUCCAAAUCGCUUUGUUUUGUUUAACAGCCGAUAAAUUGCAGAAAAGUGUAACGAAAUAUCUCAAAGUUCUUUUCUCACACUAGUUUUCUUUUUGUUGUUUUCUUCUCUCAGAGGAAUUUGAAUCCAGGAUGAAUAGCCCAGUUGAUUGUCCAGUAGACUGCGAGAAGGUGUCAUAUAAAGCGCAGUUGUCUCAAACUCUUUACUUGCCACAGAAACUGGUUCCAGUAAAGCAAAAAUACGAGAAACUCACACGAGGCAGAAACUUACCUAAUGACACGGACGAAGUUAUUAAAUUUAUGUUGUAAGUGUUUUUAUUUUGAAGACGUCUUGGAUACGAAGUUUUCUAGUUAUCUUAAAAAAUUCUUUGAUACAUAUUAAGCUGUUAAACUUUGUCUUUGCAGAGACUACUACGUUGUGUUAAAGUUCUUCUUCAGCGAGCUUAGAAUCGAUGUUUUUGAGCAAACCCCUUCCUAUGGCUUCUUCAAGUUAGUAGGUAAGGCAACUUUUUGUUUGUUUGUUUGUGUUUUUUUUUUUUUUUUUUAUGAAAGGAAAAGAGGAAAAUUUAUAUUAAGUUCAUUUUCUCAACGAAGGUAUAAUUUUGGACCCUGCAGAAGGAUCAAUUCCCAAAAAACUGCGGACUCUUGCAAACUUAUUUAAAGGCCUUGAAGAAUGAGAUAUAGAGUCUUAAAGUGAUCUGGAGCUCUUGAUUUCAAGAACUUGUUGUGACACUUGUCGAAACAGUAUCGAGUGUUACCAGAGGAAGGCAGAUGACAUCGACAUGUUUAUUUCAUUGGGGCCGGCGAUCUUGUCCGUUGUGUUGUCCGUACCUGGAACAAGUAAUUUUAAUACGUUUUAGUUGAUUCGAUAGCGUGCCACCCAUAAGAAAAACAAACUAUUCCUCAACCACAAAUCGCCAUCAACUACUAAUAGAACAGUCAUUAACGCCCAUUGUGAACGAUGCACCCAACGUCAAAACUUGUCGACGCUUUGUCGUCUAACAGUAAACUUUCGUAUUCUACAGGUGACGCUGGUGGCCAGCUGGGACUCGUGCUCGGGGCAAGUUUCAUCACGUUGUUGGAGGUUAUUGAUCUGUUUGUCAUGGUCGUUGUCAGUUGGUUAAAGUCAAAGUAUGGCGGCAAAAGCACAGAUGUGUGACGAGUUUCUUCUAUUUACCAGCCAUUGUGUUGAUAUUUUCUGUUUCAAUCUACAAAUCGUCUGGUGGUAAGGAAUUCUGUGAAGAUAUCUCUGGGGAGAGAUGGAGGCAAUUGCAGCAUGCUAGGGAAGGUGCCUCAAGGGCGCGCCGGAGAUUUCCUGUUCAGAUCCGUUGAGGACUGUACAAACGCACGCGAAACGUGCAAAGAGUUGGCGGAUGGGAGAGAAGAAAAUAAACUAAUGGUUACUUUAUUUUUGGAAAUGGAUGGGGUAAAGGUGACUUUAUAAUUAUUUUGAGUGAGGUAUUGUUGCGUCUGGAAAAUGUAUAAUAACAAGUGCAUUCCAUUAAUGGCAUCAAAAGCUGUGCCGUUGCUUGAAGAAGUGAAACAUUCAGAAAUUAUAGGAUAAAAAAUAAAAAAAAACUGGCACAAGAGAUAAAUCAAGUGUCCCUCCAGUAACAAUCCUCGUGUUGAAAAUUGUUCGGAAAACUUCGGUGAGAAACCAAGACUGGCUUCUUGUGGUGUCACAUGUCGACGUGCCAAGUCUUUAAAUAUAGAACUGCUCGAACCAGUAAACUCAGCUUAAACAACACGAAGAAAAGUAGUUGCUAAACAAUGGUGAUAAUUCUGGAUGAUGAACAGGGUAACAUCAAGUUUUUAGCUGUUCUGGUCUAACAAGACUCUAUUUCACUGUUCAGUUUUUGAUUAGGGUAUUUUUGGGAAGGUUUUGAUUCUCUUCUGCAAGACAUUUACUUAAGAACUGAAGAGUUCAGCCUAAAGCUACAGCAUUCUAAAUACCGCUCGAGAAUACAGUCAAAAUAUGUAGGUUUGCAUCAAUUAUUAUUUAUAAACAAGCUUGUUGAGUCCACCGCGAAAAGUAACAUGCUAGAAGAAAAAGUUGAACACUUACAUUUUAAAAGUGAAAUGCAAUAUACCGACUGUAAAUCAGGGAUAAAUUAAGUUCCUAAACAUCCUUCAAAAAUUCCAUGAGUUAUAGGAAUGUUGUUCACAAAUAUGCUGUUAUUGUAGCGCCGUAGUAUUUGAGAGCCCAACGAUGUGAAGGAGAACCCACUGUUGUGGUGAUUUUUUAAAUGUUAUUGUAAAGUAGACUGUCCAAAAGAAAUACGUGCAACAGACAAGUAUGUGAUUGACUGAAAAAAUUGAAUAAAAUAC